AUCCAUGUUGACACUUUUAUGCGUUUUUGGUAGCUGCAUUUUUGGUUGAUUUUAUGCUUCCGUUUGGCUCAAUUUUCACCACUUUUGGGGGCGUUUUCGCAGUUUAUUUAUUUAAAUUUAUUGGCUUUGCUUUUGGUUUUUUGCGUGGCUUUGUCGGGGGCUAAGCACAUGACACUUAAAUUUAAAACAAUUGCCAUAAACCGAUACUAUCGGCAGGCCAUGACUUAAUUUUCGCAAAGCAUCAAAGCAGGCCCCGAAGAGUGAGUUGACAUUUGGGAGCCGGCAACAAAUGUUGCAAGAAAUCAAUGCCAGCAAAUAAUUGUCUCUUGUUUGUUACAAACAAUUUUUGGAAAUUGGGAUAAUUUUGAACAUUGAAAAUGAACACCGAAACCGAGCACACCACCGUGGAGAUCUUAGAUUCAUCAGAGGAUGAGCAGGAGUCGGGCUACCAAAGCUACCAAACCGAACACACCACCGUGGAGAUCUUAGAUUCAUCAGAGGAUGAGCAGGAGUCGGGCUACCAAAGUGUGCUAGAAGCCGCCACAAUUAUUUGUUCAAGCGAUGACUCCGAUCCGGAGGAGGAUGAUCGGCUGCUGGUUGGCCAGGACUCGGACAAGGUGGUUGAAAGGUUUAAGCUGACGAUUUACCGCGAGGAUCUGCGUAGGCUGGCCCCCGGGUGCUGGCUGAAUGAUAACAUUAUCAAUUUCUACCUCUGCAUGAUUGUCGAACGCUCGCAGGCGUUGGGCCGUCCCUCGGUGUAUGCCAUGUCGACGUUUUUCACAGAGAAAUUGCUGGAUGGCGGUGGCCAUGCCGCGGUGCGUCGCUGGACUCGCCACGUGGAUAUCUUUGCGUAUGAUCUGAUACUCGUGCCAGUGAAUCAGCAUUUGCACUGGACCUUGGCGGUGAUAGAUAUGGCCGGGCAGGCGAUUACGUACUACGAUUCGAAGGCGGGUGAAAAUUACAAAUUGCUAAGCGCAUUGGAGCGAUACUUGUGCGAGGAGUUCGAGGACAAACACGGCCAGCCACUGGACACGAGUUGCUGGACCAAGGAACAUGAUGCAAUGACGCCACAACAAUCCAACAACGAUGACUGUGGCGUCUACCUGUGCCUCCUGGCGAAACAUUUAACCAGCCAGCCACGACCGCGUUUUCGCAACACGAAUGUAGAGGAGUAUCGGAAAAUAAUGAUGUUGGAAAUCUACGAAAAAUGUCUAAGAGGCUAGAGAAAGUUUCGCGGAUUAAAGAACUGAAUUUCCCGUGUUCUGGCAAACAUUUGAAACUGCCAUUUCCCCCUUUGCACAUUGCUUUUUCCUAUUGUUUGUCUCUGCAUAUACCUUUCGCAUAAUUCUCUGUGUUUUUUUGCUUUCUUUUCUGUCUGCAGUUGUUGCUUCUUAUUGUGUUGGCAUCUUUGCAUCAUUUUCCCUCUCCCGGCACUCUUCAGGCGCUUUUCCACUUGAGCAGCGAGCUAUUCUCUGGUUGCACUCCAACGGCGCCUCAAUUC